AUGACCGAGCAGACCAAAGCAGCGGCCCCAUCGGCACCAGGGGCCCCAUCACGUCCUCACUACUCUAGGGACUUCUUCUGGUCCCCCCUGUGGAGCUGGUGGCAGCGGCCCACCCCUAGCAGCCUCCUUCCCAACCAGGAUUUCGGCCUGCCACCGUUCCUAGAGGCCGGAGACCUCCGUGACCUCAGCUGGAUGGAUAACAUCCAUAGACUCCUGGCAGCCAGCUCCUGGACUGAGUACAUUCCCUCUAUGCCCCUCUUGGUGCCCUCCUUUCCGGCCCCGGCCUCCUCAAUGCACCAGCUAGCCCCCAAGCUGAGCAGGGUAGAGUCUGCAGGGUUGAAGGGGCUGUCGGAGGUCCGGGUGGAGGGGCACAAUUGGAGGAUCACCCUGGAUGUCAGUCACUUCUCCCCCGCAGAGAUCACUCUCAGGACCCGCAGCGGCUUCCUGGAGAUCGGAGGGACUCAUGAAGAGAGACCAGAUGAGCAUGGUUUUGUUGCUAGAUGUUUCACCAGGAGAUACAUGCUCCCGAUAGGUAUCGUCUCUAAGACCAUACGAUCCUCUCUGUCUGGUGAUGGAAUUCUGACUGUGGAGGCUUCACUUCCUGACCCCAGCAUCCCUGAUGACAUCAUCAUUCCCAUUCAGGUGGAGAAGGAGACCAUAAGAGAAGAUGGAGAGGAGGGUGGAGCUAAACCAGAGGAGACUACCGUAGCUGACACAGACUCCCAGCCUUCUCCAUCUGCCCCUGCUAUGGCCCCUGUAUCCCUGGAGGCGCGUGACUUCACUCCCGCAGAGCCUGGCACCAUGCACCCCACAGAGGCACCCAAGGAUGGGGACAAGUUAGCACAGGAGGUCCCUGGAGAAGAGGCUCAGCCAGACAGCGCCACGGCUGUGCCAAAGAGCCAUGAGGAAGGGAGAGGAGGAGCAGAGGAGGGGGAGACACACACUAAGCCAGCUGGAGAGAUGGAGACCCACCCCCCAGAGCAUGCAGAUGAAGAGGGAAAAGAGGGAGAAGGGCUUCCAGAUCACACAGAGCCCUUUGAGCACCUUGAUGCCCCUGACUCCCCAGACACAGUCACGUCCGACCGCGGGGAACACAAAACAGACCCAGCCCAAGACCAUGACGAAGAGCCCCAGCACUCGGAAGGCUCAGGGGAGGCAGCCGAGGCCCCGCCCCAGCCUGAGGAGCACGAGCCAGGCAUGAGUCCAUCAGAGGAGGGGGCCCACCACUCUCAGGAGCUGGAAGUUCCAGAGCACCCUGAUAUGGAGCAACAGGCAUACACCAAGUAGAGAGAGAGAGAGAGAGAGAGAGAGGGGGAUGAGAUGUGACUGAG